AGAAGGUCCAGACCCCAGACGACGGAAGAGAAAAAAAAACACGAAGCACGCGGGUGGUUAAGAAACUCCGACUUACCUGGCUCUCCCAGAUAUACCUCUCCCACUCAUCAUGUUCUCGUCCAAGGGAAACGCGCCAGCGCAGCAGGUGCCUUCCUGGAAGAAAUCGGGUUCCAAGCACCAGCAAUCGGCUGCAUCUGAGUCCGCAACUGCGACUGGUAGCCCAACCGUUGGGCACCGAAGCAGCACGCAUCAGGGCACACCCAGCAAACGAAAACUCGACGCCCACGCCCCGCCACAGUCCAAUUCCUCCCACGUUGCUAAGCGACCACGUAAGGAUGAGACCACCGGCGACCGGAAUGAACAAAUAAAGAAACGAAAAUCGGUCACAUUUGCUGAUGCUACCUCGAAGAACGACAAGACCAAAAACACCAAGCCUGACCCAACGGAUACGCCCCAGAAAAAGAGCAAGGGCCCCGCGAAGAAGCAGAAAGCCCCUGCCCCGACGGACCUCAAGCCGGCAUUGGAGUACCUGCGGCUAUGGAAGACGGCCCGGACCAGCUGGAAGUUCAACAAGAAUCAUCAAUCCACCCUUAUCAAACACGUCUUCGAUGCCGACGGAAUCCCCACUGCCGACAUUGACGCUUUCUACGAAUACAUUAAAGACCUGAAGGGAUUGGUGAGGAUGCGGUUACGGGAAUCGGCCCUGGAGAUCAGGACAAAGGAUCGGUCGCAAGGCGGCGCUGUGUUCCCUGAGGGGACCGCGGAUUUGGAUGCCACCCAGGAACGAUAUGAAACCAUUCUCACCAAGUUUCUGCAAUCCCAGCAGGUAGGCUCCAAGAGGAAGCUGUUCGAGGAGGCCGAAUACCUUUCGGACUCGGACUCAGAGGAUGAGAUCAUCAUCCGGCGACUCGUCAAGCGCAUGCGCGCCGAACUGGUCAUUGAGGAGCUCUCCGACGGCGCAGACACCGAGAUGAGCACUACAUCGUCGUCAUCGUCCAGGACCAUUGCCGCCAGUGACAAUGCCACUCCCAAUGUCGACAAGAGGAUGAAGCUCAACGAUGGUACCGGUAAGCGCCGGCGGAAGCUCCGAACAAACCAGGAAGACAGCGACAGCAGCAGCAGCGACAGUAGCUCGGAUUCAGAGUCGGAUUCAGACAGCGACUCUGACACGAGCGACAGCGGCAGCUCCUCCUCGUCUUCGGAUGAGUCGUCUGACAAUGACGAUGCAGGUGAUCGGCAGGAUGAGGAUGAGACUUCAAGCAGCUCGUCCUCGUCCUCUGACGAGGCAGAUUCGGAAGAUAGUAGCAGCGGUGAGGACUCGGACGACGAGGAUGAAGGUAAUGCGGUGGCGACGCGAUCAUGAGAGACGAUGCCGAGAUGGAUACAUUGUAACACCUCUGUUCGGAUACCAGCUGCAUGUUAGAUACCCGCGGAGCCUGUUGUCACUCCGCUUUGAAGCGCGACUACAGUUUUUGUUAGAUAGCAAUGGAAUAGGAUAUAGACAACCCCAUCACAUGGAUUCACAGUUAAG